CUUGCCCCGACCAUGUUUACCGUCAAGGCUACCUACCGCGGCGAGACAAGGCGCCUCACCUUCGGUGACUCGCCCGCAUUCCCGUCGUACGACCAGCUGUACCAGCAGCUUUACCGAGUCUUCAGCGGCCACUCGUUCUCCCUCAGCAGGCUCAUCUUCUCCCCCGCCUCGGGGCAGUCGAUUCUCAUAGGCACCGAAGUCCACAGCCAGGAGGAAUACGACGCUCAUACCGCACCGUACAAGGACAAGAUCUGGCCCGCCGCCGUCCUCAAGCUCACGGUCGUUGACGAGACGCCGCGCAAGCGACCCCUCCCCGUCCCUCGUAGGGCGCUGUUACCUCCCACUGCACCUCGGCAUCAGUCGUCUGAGCCGGACCUGCGCAGCAGGGGCGUCAUGAGGCGGGAGUACGGGGAUGAGCCCACUCCCCGGCGGCCUAUCGCAGAGCGCCCGAACUCGAUGCUCAUCGACUUCCUAUCGUCGUCUCGGCCCAGGCUUUCCAGUCCUCAGCGCGCAUCGCUGCACUCGGAAUCGCCGUACCAGCCGGCAUACGUGCACUUGCCCAAGUCGUCGCAUCCGGCGUCGUAUCAGCCGAUGUACAUACCUAGCCCACCUCCUCCGGACACGACUUUCGUGAUCCCACCUCCGCCUUGCAUCCCUCCGCCCCCUGUUUUGAAUACGCUGCCGCAGCCACCUCCCCUGGUGGUUCCUCCGCCUCCUAUCAUCUAUUCGUCGUCUGCAGCUCCGAGCCCAGUAGAGAAUAUGCGCCAGCUAGGCAAUGCACCGGCCGCUGCGCCCCGUCGCCCCUCACCCUGCUGCAGCGUUGAAGAGGGUCGCAAGGAGAUCAAGAACAUGCUCACGAACUUCCUGCGCGACUUUGAGAGGAUUUCCAGCUCUACGUUCGGCGUCCCUGUGUUGACCGGUUUACCCGCCGAGGCUCCGGUGCCUGCGCCACCGACCCAAUCUGCUAUCAAAGAGUCCAACGAGCCCGCGGAUCUCAACCUUCACAUCCCUGGGUCGUUCGAGCACGGCAGCCUGUCGGCUCGCUCUACCCCGGUACCGUUAGUUCACCCGCGUCAAACGUCGGAUGAUCCGACCGUCAUCCAUGCUGGGAUCGUUUGCGAUGUCUGUCGCCAGACGAUCGUCGGUGUCCGCCACAAGUGCAUGCAGUGUCCCGAUUAUGACAUGUGCACAUCCUGCUACGAGAUGCCCGGUACUAUGGCUAGACACCGUGGUGGACACAGGUUCUUCCAGAUUGAGCAACCUGAUGCGGUGGUACAUCACAACAUCGUGUGCGAUCGUUGUGACCUCACCGUCGUGGGCUCUCGCCACAAAUGCUUGGACUGCCAAGAUUACGAUCUUUGCACCCGUUGCCUGAAGGACGUUACGGAGUUCCACAACCCCUUCCACUCGUUCUACGAGAUCAAGGAGCCUGGUAGGGUUGUCGUACACAACGUGUAUACUGGCACCGGGGAGGCGAACGUGGGCAGUGUCAGCGCUGCUCCUCACAGUCGGACAACGAUGACAGGCCGAGCGCGAACGACUGACGGUUCUCCUGCAAUCAGCUCUGCUUCUGCUUCGCCAGUCCUCCAUAAUGCAACUUGCGACCUAUGCUCUUCGAGGAUCGAGGGCGAGCGCUACAAGUGCCUGAAUUGCCCUGAUUAUGACACUUGCUCAGCAUGCUUCAGCAUUACGAAGGAGCAGCACCCGAAUCAUGGCUUUGUCAGGAUCACGAGGAGGAAGGAUCUAAUGAUGCGUGGCUCUCUCAGUAGCAUGGAGAACACCAGGCACCAAGCAACGUGCAACGCCUGCCAGAAAGUUAUCUACGGUGUGCGCUACAAGUGCAUGCACCCGUCGUGCCCCGAUUAUGACCUUUGCGCCAACUGCGAGGCCCAUCCGAUUCCGGUCCACCCGCCGCUUCAUCCUCUCCUCAAGAUGAAGACCGCUAGCACGGUCAUUCCGACCGUGUAUCGCGUCGGGGGAACCGAGCUCAUCCCUGCUCCGAAGGUCACGGAACCUGCUCCCCAGAUUCCUAUGCCCGGGUCGGUCCCCAUCACCAGCCGUCGAGAGACGGCUUCUCCUACGCUACCCGCGAUGUUCGGCCAAUGGCACGCGCGCGAUGUCCUCGAACAACAGGAAGAGAUGGCAGACUUGAUUACCAUGCCUGAUUCCCCGCGAUCUACGCCCUCUAUUCCAAGGAUCCCCAAUAUCGACCUGAGCGGCGAUCUCUAUCGCGAACUUUGGCCAGCGGUUGCCUCCGAGUGGAACGGGAUGGUUCAACCAAUGCAUGAGCAACCGGUCGACGCCGGAGCCUUCACCCCGCUCACUCCUGACAUCAAGCACCUACUCAACCCCAUUCCCGAAGAAUCCCGCAGCGAUAUCGUCGAGGUGACAAACGGCGCGCCACUCGUCGACGUCGAGAUGCCGGAGUCCACGCACGUCACGGAGUCGUCUCUCAGUGCGGCGAACGCGUUCACAGAGACGCAGUCCACGUCCGGGCCUUCCCCGCUCGGUGCAGAGGCGUUGCUAGCGACGCCUUUGUCGUCUUACGUGCCGACGAGCUACGCGGCCGACUACAUGGAAGUUCUCCGCAAGCUCCAGCAAGACCUGCUUGCCCAGGCCCAGACUUCCCCUGCUUCUGUUGGACUCACUUCUCCGGUGACGGCACGUGCAGUCGCCAAGGAGGCUACCAAGAAUAUUGAGCUCACUCCCGACUUUUGCACACAAGCCUUGAACCCAUUCAAUGACACGGCUUUCUUCUUCUCCAUCCCCAAGGUUCAAGUCCUCACUGUGCGCAAGGUCACCCCCACCGUCAGUUAUGCGAAGGAAACAGAGCGAUACCGUCUGACCGUAUCUGACGGUGCUCACUUUAUUCCGGCGCUGUUGGCUCCUGAAUCCAACCACUUGGUUACGUCCAAUGCCGUACAGAAGAACACCGUUAUCACGCUCGACAACUUUGCCACGAACGUCGUUAACGGCAAGAUUGCACUGGAGAUAUUUGCUAUGACUGUUGUUGCGCAGCCCAACGAGAAGAUUGGCUCCCCGAUGAUCUGCCUACCUCCCCAGGCCGUCGCUUCCCCGGAGAGCGUGACCAAGACCGUCUCGGAAUCCGAGUCUGUUCCGUCGGUCAACGUGUCGGAAACCGAGACGGAGCUCGCCACCGCCAUCGAUGCCACGCUGCGCGCUUCGUUCCUCUCCGACGUCAACAUCCCGGACGGCCAGGUGUUUCCUCCCGGCGCCGAGUUUGUCAAGUCGUGGUUGAUCAAGAACGAUGGUGAGGUUAGCUGGCCCGAAACCACGGAGCUGAUUUGGGUGGCGGGCGACCGUAUGCUACCGGACCACCAGACCGACGCUCGUGUCCAUGUCGGCACUGUCCAGCCUGGCGAAGUGGUCACCAUUUCCGCUCCUGAGAUGAAGGCACCCGAGGUGCCAGGCAAAUAUGUCAGCUACUGGAAGCUCAGCGAUGGGACCAAGGGUCGCGAACUCUUCGGCAACAAUGUCUGGGCGGAUAUCAACGUUGCAGAGCAUAACAACGUAUCGGACGCAUCCAGCGAACACUCUUUGGCGUCUUCGUCCGUCAUCAUGCCGCGCCCUGCCUCGCAAGACUCGCGGCAGACGGGCGCAGGAGCUGCCGUUCCGUCGACGAGCAGCGUGACCGCACCCUCCGACAUGGGCUCGGACGACUCGAUCUCGCUUAUCAACGACUCGGAUGCGCACUCGCAGCUCUCCGCUGACUCGGAUGACGAGAUCUGGCAAGACAGCCGAUCCGAAGUGGUGCCCGCCCAGCACGGCGAGAUCGAGUACGUCGUCCUGUACGAAGAGGAUAGCUCGUCCGAGGACGAGUAAGAUAAACGCCAUCCGGAUCUUUCGUCUUGAACUUGUACCACUACAUUGCCUGCUUGGGCCGAUUCGACUGUCAUCAUCCACUCUCAUUCAUUAAUCAUAAACAUAUGGGAAGUUACCUCUUGCUCCGUCUUGUACGAUACGCCGUAGGGAUAUAAAUGGCAAUCAUUCAAUGCC